AUGGCAGCGCCCGAAGCUCCUGUGUGCUACGCCGGGAUCCAGAGGGAGUCCGCCGCGUUCCGGCUUAUGAAGCAGAUGGUGAUCUUCCUUUUCUUUCGUUCACUUCGCUGACUCAUGUUGCAAGCUCUUAGCUUCGCCUGUGGAAGAUAAUUUAUGAAGUGGGACUUGUAGUUCGUUAGAUUUGGAGUUCAAACAUAUGCCGAUUUUCCCCGGGGAUCAUCCUGGAAGGCCACUUGAAUUUUAUAAUUCUAGAUUCCUGCGCUGCUUGAAUUGUGACCAUUGGUUUUAUCAUCCAUCUCUUUGCUUGGGUCCUUGCUUGCUUGAUAUAUUAUCCCCUAGACCAUUUCCUUUUCUUUUUUCACCAUCUCUACGCCCUCCCUCCCCCCCUCCCAAGGAGUGUUCAAUUAUGCUUUUUAUUACUUUAGCAAUCUUUUUCCAGACCUUGGAAGUUGUACGUUGGCCUUUGCUGCCGAUUAAACGAGGAUUUGGAGCCUUGGAUUUUACAAUAGGAUGUUAACCUAUUUUCGAUAUUUUGUGUUUUAUAUUUAAUUUUUUAAGUCAGGCCCAUAAGGCCAAUCUUUUGGGCGCUAAAAUGGAUAGUUGACUCUAGCCUUGCACCAUUUUGUAUGUACAUUGAUAUCAUUGUUAUUGCUGACCAUAGUCAAAACAUCUUACUAUGAUCUUCCACACUCUGGGAGAUGAUGGAUACUGGUUAACAUCUUUGUUUUUUCUAGGGUUGCGGAAAUGUUAUCAGGGCAUUUGAGUCAAAUUCUGUUUCUCACCACUUGACUUGUGCAACAUCUUUUCUACGCUUUGCACUACUGUAUCCAUGAUUACUGAGGUGACAAAAAAUUUCGAUUCCGUGAUUAGAGCUUGAUUAUUGACAAAGGAACAAUUUUGGUUGGGUCAGCGAUGGAAAGGGUUCCCCUGUUUGGGUGACAGCAGGCUUGUUUGGCUACAUUUUUAUUGUUUUUUUAUUUAUUUCGAUCGCACUUGGUCGUAAAUCACGUUAAAAGAAAACCUGGCUGUGGAUUGACGAUAAUAAACUUAGUUUAUUGACCAAGUAAGAAAUUUCUAGAAACAUGUGUUACAUUGCUAUUGAAAAUGACCAAAGCGUUAUACUUUGGAGGUUUAGAUGGUGCCAAGUCUACCAUGAGAGCAGUUUUGAAUAUCCAAAAUAUCCAAAAGAUUGGAGAGUGCUGGUAUAUGUACACAUCUUUUGGAUAUUUUUUGCAUAUGUAGCGACAGUCACUUUCAAAAAGAAUUGUGUUUGGCUACUGGGUCUUUUGCUGAUAGGUGCUGAUGAUUAUGUGUCCCAAUCUGUGCAACAUUCCGUGUUGUAUGUCUUUCGGUUAGUCUCUUUACAGGGACAAUUGUUGAGAAAUGUCUAUGAGAUGGAACACAAUCCCCUUUUGUGAAAACCUUCAACUCCAGAAGAUUUUUGUUUGUGAUUUUCAGGGAUGGGAAGAAGGUGAAGGCCUUGGGAAGGAGAAACAAGGGAUUAAAGGACAUGUUAGGGUAAAAAACAAGCAAGAUACCACAGGUUAAUGGGAUUCUUUCCUUCCAUUAUGUAAUCACUCUCAAUUUAACAUUGAUGGCUGAAUUCUUAUCCUUUUUUGCAGGUGUUGGUCUGGAGCAGGCUUCUAAGAACUGGGCAUUUGAUACUACACAGUUUGACAACAUUCUCAAGAGAUUGAAAGUGGUGUGAUUUUAAUCUCUUCUAUGACUCCCUCUUGCUUGGCUUAUUGUGCCAAUAUUUAUUUUUGAACAUUUUGUGAAAGUAAGAUUGUUGCUAAUUCAUAUGUUGUAGUCUUCCUAACUACUUAUCGUGUUUGUUUCAAUUUUUUCCACUCUCCAGCAUGUUGCAGAGCCUGAGAAUGAAGGUAUGGUCAUUAUCACUGCCAACAUGUUGUCGUUUAAAUGAAAGUGGUCUCAAAUAGGAUAAUGCCAUACUUCACAGAAGCAAAGACGUCUGAUCCUGUGGUGGAUUCUCCUAGUGAGACGUUGAAGGUGGAUUUGCCCGUGAAAGCUACUAGGCCACAAGGAAGGUGGUUAUGCUUUACAGAUGCCCUGUUUUUUUGAACGACAACUUUUUUGCUACCUACUCACUUUCUGUGGCACGCAUUUUAUAUUUGUGAACAGGUAUAAGAAAAGAGAAAGGGGGAAACUUGUGAACGCUUACUCAGAAAAAGAAUUGCAGGGAAUCCUUGUAAAUUCUAGUCAUCCUUCUUGACAUUCGAUUCACUAGUUUUUUCUUAACUUGUCAUCAUUUACACUGGAUAUGAAGUGUUCGCCACUCUUUUGUUUCCGUGAAGCAAUGAUGUUUAAAUUUUCAUGAACUUCUGAUGAAAUCUAGUAAUUUAGUGGCUAGAAACUAGGGUUAAACAUCGAACAACAUCUAUCGAAUCCUUAGCUGAUAAACGUUGUCCUAGUAUCAAGAAAAGCAUAUGCAGUGUAUAAUUAUAAUGGCCAGCUGAGGAUGCAUGACAUGAUCCUUGAAUAAAUAUAUAGCACGUUAGGAGCAGGAUGAAUUUCUCUGUUUAAUCAGUUUAGUUUUACCAGGAUGAAGUGUUAAUGAAUAGACUUACAUGAUUCAAGCCAUUGCUUUUUAUUAAGUGUAUUCUUCUCAGUCAUUAUUAGGUUCUGUUAAUGUCUAGUACUCUUUUAAGCAGUGUUCGGAUUAAUCAUAGUUUUCAAGCCUUCUCCAAACCUAUUAGGUUGGUGGUUGGUCAGAGGGCAAAUUAUCUGUACAUGCGCAUUUUUUACCCGGGGGACUCGCCAUGUUUACCUCUAGUUCCUGGCAUAUUUCCUGGAAUCAAGGUUUUUGACGCAAGCAAGGCAAUCAGUUCACCACCUUAUGUUGAGGACAAAAGGUUAGGGGCUCACAUCACUCAUAGGAAUUUACAGAUAAUUUUGCAUGUGGAAAAAAAAGAAAAUUAGCCGUACAUGGUGUCAGCCUGUAGUGAAACUGGCAGAAGUUUUCCUGGCCAGUAUCAACCUUCGAUAAAUUCGGAAACUGUGUCAUAAUUUUUUUAAAAUUUAAUAAACCCGGUUAAUUUUCGUUUCUUAACGAAAUUGUGUCAAAUCUUGGGUAGAAAGGUGUCUUAAUGUUUUUUUCAUUCCCAGGUUUCUAAGCGUAGUGAUGAUAUGCAAAAUGAUCAGGAUGUUCUCGAUAAGGAAUUGAAACUUGCUUCUGAGAUUCAAAUCAUUGAAGAAAAAGGUAUCUUUAUGGUUUGACGCAUUUUUCCCUUUAUGUUUUUCCCGAUUGAAUUAGAAUUUCCUUCUGUAUCACUUAGUCCUUAGCAGUAAGCUUUUUUCCAUUUCGUAUGUUGGAUCCCUUAUCUUAUGCUUUUAAUUUUUUUUUAUGAGAAACAUUAUGGUUUUUCAUCUGAGCUACAUUUAUUCUCAGUUUUUAUCUUUUUGCUACGAUAGAUUAUGGUCUUGUUUAGGUUUUAUUGUAUAUCCAAUUCUUUAUGUGGGAAAACGGUUUGGCUACCUUUAUGUAUUUUUUUAACAGGUCCUGUGAUUGAAGAUGUUCCAUUAGAUUGGUGGGGCCAUAAGUAUGGGUUUGUAUCUGGUGGUUUUCUUGGAGCUUCUCGCACAAGGUCAUAUUCGUCAAAGACCAGUCAGUCUUUAUCAGAGAAAAGUGAUGGAUUUCUUGAAGAAGAUCAAGAGAACCUCUACAAACUUGUGCAGGUGAUUGCUAUGUCUUGUCCGAAACCUUAUUGCAAAGAUUCUGCCUUGUUGUUGACGGACUUUCAUGGUGAAUGUUGCCUAUUCUUGGAUUAAACCGAUGUAACAUUGCUCAUUGCUUCUGUUUAUUUUGCUAGUUUUCCUUUUAUGUUGCUAUAACUUUACGCUUAGAUCGCUUAUUGUUUGGACGUAAAUUUGUAAAUCUUCAAUUUUAGACUCAUCCUAGAUUAAGACUUUGAUAAUUUUAAUUGCCAUUUCGAAUUUUCAUCGCUUCUGGAAAUAUCUUUAUCAUGUUAAGGUGAGAAACCUUUUUGGAAGGGCUUCUGAAAUACCGAAAAAUUUGCUCCAAUGUUAGAGAAAUUGUUGGAAGUUCUGUUGUGAAGGAACUUGACUUGGUGUCGAAAUUCAUACCAUUAUUUUAAGUGGGAAGGAUUUUUUUUCAUAGGUAUAAGUAUUGUUUUAAUUGAAACAGUUUUUAGUAGAGCUCUUGGUGUUAGCAUAUUUUACAGAAAAAAAUAACAUAUUUUUAUUAUUGAUGUAAUACCAGUGGAUUUGCUGAUGUUAAUGCUGAUUUGGGAUUUCAUUUAUGCUUUUCAGGAUAAAGCUACAAAAGGAAAGCAGGGUCUUGGCAUAAAGGAUAGGCCCAAGAAGGUUGCUGGUUGCUAUUGGAAGGGAAAGAAGACAUCAUUUGACAACAAUGAGGACGAGUCCUCUGCUGAUCAAGAUGAAUCAGCUGAAGUUUGCGAAGAAUUAGACACACAUUCAAUCCAUAGGCCAAAAAUCAAACUGAAAAAGCUCUGCAAGAACCUUCUUCGUCAGGUUCAUAUAUUUAACCGGAUCACGUGAUAUGAAAAGACAAAAUGGUUCUGCUUACUCUUGUUUUUUUUUUUUUCAGUCCGCAUCUCAUUCACUAAAAUUGAAAGAGUUAAAGGAGCUUAUUGAGGAUCGCUCACCUGCCACUUUUGGAAAUUUUCCAUCCAAUCGUGAUGCACUGUUAUACUUAAAAAGAAAGGUAUCCAUUGUUUCUCCUAUGAACAAAUUAAUAUUGUGUAAACAGUAGCGUGACAACCUUGUUUCCCUUUUUCUAUGUUUUUGAUUUGUAUGUCGGUUUGUUUUUUAUUUGCCACCCUGAUGUUUGUUGUUGUUGUCUGUUUUACCAAUAAUCUCGAAAUUAUAGCUUGGAACACUUUUGAUCAAAAUGAACUAUCCUUAUUCCGGCUGGAGAACAUUUUCCAUUUGAUGGUACUCCUUCUUGAUGCAAUAUUGGGGAGACAUCUUACCUAGUUUAUAUCAAAGCUAUUGAUACAAGUGUCACCAUCCCAAUGUGGUUUGAAGACGUCUCCUACAGGGCAGAUCAGCGAUUAAACCAUUUCUUGGAAAAGAAAUAAGGUCCAACUACUUUGGUGUAAAAUAAAAAAAUUCUGAUAUUGCAUUAAUUUUGGGGUUGUAAUAGCGUGGGACGGACUAAUGGAAUUUGUCUUAAUUUUUCUAAAUCAAAUAUUUACGUUUUAAUGCCUAUUUUUAACAAUUUAAAUAUCCUGUGGUCAUUUGCUUAGUUUGGUGCUGUGUCAGUGCUUAAUCACAAUGGUGUCUUGGUCUUUGCAUGAGAUGUUCUGAUGCAAAUAAAAUGAAAAUACUAGGUAAUAACCUUAUUAAUAAAAUGAAAAUACUAGGUAAUAUUUCAGAUCCUUUAUAAGUCAGUUGACUGAUUUGUCAGCAAAAUUGUAUGACAGACUUUUAGAAAUAUAUGAAACGGUCGCAGUUGCUAGUAUAGGAUGUUCAUCUAGAGAAUGUGAAGAAAUAAAGGUCAAAAAAUGCUUUCCAGUGCAAAACUGUUUUAUUUUUCUACUUCACGUGCUUCUAUGGUCUGUGGGAUCAUUCGCUCAUAUUCUUUAAUUUUCUCUCGUCAGUCUACUCUGCUGGUUUUGACGGCAUCUUAUUUUUCAAUGCAGCUGGUCGGCAGCAGAAAAUUCCACAUUGUUGGAAAGAGAGUUUCCCUCUCCUAA